AUGGUCGACGAAGCCGGCUCCGACCCGAGCGAGGGCCACGACUCUUCUCCCCUCUGUCGUCGGGCAUCUCCCUCCUUCACGCCAGUUUCAUCAUCUUCUUCUUCGACUUCGACCACCUCGACCCCUUCUUUGGAAGGUCUCCACCUGCUCUCCUUCCCCGACGAGAUUCUUCUACGAGUGCUGUCGCACUUGGACGGGCGGGAGGUGGAGGAGAGCGGGCAGGCGUGCAAGCGGCUGCUGCGGCUGACGAAGGACGACUACCUGUGGUUCAUGAUGACCAAGCGCCUGGUCAAGCGCGAGCGGGCCGAGCGCUGGCGCAAGCAGGCCCACGACGAGCGCCGCGAGGCCCAGCUCAAGCGACGCCUCAGCAGCCACGCCGGCGCGGCCGACAGCAGCCACGGCCUCGGCUGCAAGCACGGGCGCACCGACGAGGCCGCAGCCCAGGAGGGCGAGCAGAUGGAGAUGGAAGACAAGCCCGACGCCCCCGACGCGACUGGCAGCAGCAGCAGCAGCCGCCCACUGAUGGCCCACGACGACGACGACGGAGCCCAUGACGACGGCGAGGGCGACGAGGGCGACGGCGACUACGAGUGCGGCUGUGCCGAGAAGGAGGAGGCGGCGUCGGGGGCGGCGGCGGUGGUGGCGGCGGGCGUGGGCAGGAGGAAGACGAGGUCGGCGGCGGGGCCGGCGGAGGAGAGGAGGCGGAAGAUGAAGGCCCAGAUGCAGACCUACGACCUGCGGAAGCCUGCCGCCCGCGAUUGGAAGUGGGUCUACCGAUGCAAGACCGUACCGGCUCCCGCCCUCGCCCUCGCUCGGCGCGACUGGCCUAAUCACACCAUUCUGCUGCAACCGCACACGGACAAGGUGACCGGAGUGGGGCGGUACACGUGGAGCGGUGGGUCGUACUACGAGGGCGAGUGGAAGGACGGCAAGCCCGAGGGCCUCGGCACCAAGGUCUGGGGCGAGAACGAGUUCUACGAGGGCGAAUGGAAGAACGGCAAGAUGCACUUUGGUGUCUACAAGUGGCCGGACGGUGCCUACUACGAGGGCCAGUGGCGGGAGGGCCUUCACGAGGGCUACGGCGUCUACCGCUGGGCCGACGGCAACAAGUACGAGGGCUUCUGGCGCGGAGGCCACCGCGACGGCUACGGCGUGCGCACGUGGCCCGACGGAGACGUGUUCGAAGGCGACUGGGUCGCCGGCAAGCGAACAGGCAAGGGCACCUACAGCUGGCCCAACGGGAGCAGAUACGAGGGCGAGUGGAGCAAUGGGUGCCACCACGGCUACGGGGUGUACACGUGGCUCGACGGGCGGCGCUACGAGGGACAGUGGGACUACAACAAGAAGGAGGGCGUGGGCACCUACUACUUCGGACACGAAGGGUGCGCCUACACCGGCCACUGGGAGGACGGCUAUCGACACGGACAAGGGGUGAUGACGUGGGAGGACGGGACCAAGUACGUGGGCCUGUGGCUGCGGGACCAGCGAGUGGCCAACCACGGCCAGUUCGUCGGCCCGAACGGCCUGCCGGUGCGAAGUCCGCACGCCGGCCUCGUGGGUCCGCGACCCUACGACCAGUACUUUGUGGAGGAGGAGAGCGCGUGGGAGGCCAAGUACCGCGGCGCCAUCAACCGCAAGCGCAUGGAGGUCCUCCAGCGGCUCAAGGCCAACGGCAAGCUGCCCUACCCCAUACGUGAGGACAAGGUCCUCGAUCCCGAGGGCUAG